AUGAAGGACUCAUUGAUCGUCUCUCGAAUCGCAUUCGACAUAUUCUCCUGCGUCGCUGUCCUAAUCUUCAUCGGACUACGUCUCUGGCACCAGCGCCGUCUCCGCCGCGAAAUCGAGCGCUCCGACAUCUGGGCAAAUACCAGCAUCAUCAUCAGCACAACAAUGUUUGUGACGUGGAUCGCACUAUCAACUAAGACGCGGCUUGCGCUGCUGGCUUGGGAGAGAGCCGAUGAGGACAGUCGAGGGGUUGCGCCGCCAAUUACGGAAAAGGGACAUUUUCUGCAUUUUAUGGGAGGGUUUGCAUAUGUGACGAUACUCUGGCUAAUCAAGUCGGCAUUUCUGGCGACGUAUUAUCGCUUGAUACCAGCGCUCAAGACGAGGGUGCGGAUGGCGUUGUAUUUUACGACGGGGUUCACGGCCAUGACAUAUGUGGCAAAUAUGCUCCUUCAUGGGCUAUACUGUCUGCCAAUUAAAACGAACUGGACCUCUGGCCCCCACAACUGCACCACCUUCCGCUCCGUACCUAGUCUCACCGCAAAUACGUUUACAAACGUUGCCACAGACCUCCUCCUCCUCGGCCUCCCCCUCUUCAUCCUAAAAACACUCCAGCUCCGACCACGCGAAGGCUUCGCUCUCACCUUCGUUUUCCUCGUCGGCAUCGCUUCCACAACAGCAUCUGUUCUACGAUGGGCGUUCAUAUACAGUGCCUACCGACAGGAGCAGGAUGUUGAGGGCGCAAUCUACAAGAUCGAGAUCAUCAAGGUCUGGACAACGGCCGAGAUAUCGACUGCCACCAUCGCGUUCUGUUUACCAGUGCUGAGGAGCCUGGUACGAAGUUUCUGGGUAUGGGAAGGGCGCAAUGGAGGUGAAAAGGAUGGGAGGAAGAUCUUUGGCGGCGGCGCGCCGAUGAGGUGUGGGGAUAGCGGGGUGGAUGCGGCGACGGUGGAUGAGGAGGAAGAGGUGGGGGCGGUAGAUGUAGAUGUGGAGAAGGGGGUGAAUGGCGGGGAUGUACCGGUAGCAGAGAUAGAUAGUGGGGUAGGAGAGACAGCGGUGAUAGUGUGA